AUGCCUAAAUAUAUGUUGGUUGUAUUUGCCAUGAUGGCUCUUCUUGUGGUAGCUAUGGCUGGUUAUGAAGGACCAGAGGAUGGAGUUUACGGAAGUCGAGGCUAUAACGAUGUUGAUGUUAUAAUUCACCCUAUCUAUGGCUAUGGCUAUGGUCAUGAUGGCUAUGGGCAAGGUGGAUACGCUAAAAGUAUUAGAUACGACCGACGUUACUAUGGUCAUGGAUAUGGUGGUUAUGGUCAUCAAGCUUAUGGUGGUUAUGCCCAACCGGUUUACAGUGGUUACGGUCAUCAACCUUAUGGUGGUUAUGCCCAUCCGGUUUACGGUGGUUACGGUGGCUAUGCCCAUCCUGGCUACAGUGGUUAUGUCCAACCUGGUUACAGUGAUUAUGCUCAUCCAGGAUAUGGUGGUUAUGCCCAGCAAGGAUACGCUGGUUAUGGACCUUACGGAGGAUAUGGAGGGCAUGGACCUCAAGCAGGAUAUUGA